CUGGAGGUGUCUGGUUAUUUUUUAAUAACCUGGGUUAGGAACUGGGCACUGUUCCCUUUGGGGCCAGAGUGUAACAUGCAGCUUGUUAUCAGGAACACGAUAAUGAGGUCCCUCCAGAAGCCAUUGGCUUCUUGUCUGCAGUUGGGGUAUUUAUUGAUUUUUUGGUUGUCCUCUUCCUCUUCAUCAACAAGAAACUCUAUUUUGAAACAAUAGGAAGCCUUCCAUGCCUGGAGCAACGAGGGAAAAGAAAGCACUCUGAAGAGAAGAAUGGGAUCCUAGAAGGACAGGUUCACACUAAGUCCAGAGUGCUGAAGAAACUGAACAAAUGGACUUGUAGACAUCAGAUAGCUGGCAUGGUGUUGGCCAUGGAGUCUCAGGAAGCUCUGAACUUCUUCCAACCUCUGUCUUCCUGGAUAUCUUGGAUUUAUGAAGCUCUCCAGCAAGCAGGAGAUAAGUUAUCUGCUUCGUUGGUUAAUAUAAGCAAACAGGAAUCUAAAUUGAGUGACAAGCUAGACCAGGACUUAGAUGAUAUUCAGAUUCAGGAAACUUACUUUGAAGAUAAAAAACAAGGCAAUGAUUGGAGUCAAGAGGAUACAAAUUCCAUGGUUUUUGAAGUGGACCAUUUCUCCUGUUGUAAUAGUUAUUUGCAGGAUUCUACCCAAAGUUCAAGCCCUAGGUUGAGCCAACAUGCAAAGGAUUCAUGUUCCAUAAUGUUCCAGUGGUCUAACCCGACCCUCGAUGACCAAAAGCCACCACAUGUCCUUCCUUCUAUUGCUGAGGAAGAACGUCACCUUGAAAACAGGAGUGACCUUCAACACAACAUUGACAGCAAGCUCUCUGGCAUUUGAGAAAAUGUUAAUGGAAAGAAGCAAGUUGACAGCUUUGGAGGUGAUGAAAAGCUGUGUACAUGUGGCAGUGAUGAGGAGGUGGUCAAACAAUUUGAGAUAUCUGUGUCCUGGUCCCAGAGUUUCCGUUCAGGAGCUUCUGAGAAAGAAAAGCAGACAGGAUUGGAGCAGAAAUCAAAAUCCCACUGCUUGCAGUCUACCCAUGAAGGUGAUGGCACAGAAGUGUCAACCUGUUUGGAUGGAGCCAGCCAACUGCAUUAUUCUGAAACUCUAUCUUAUGCUGAAGACAACUCCAUCUCUACCCACUCCCAGUCCCUGUGUGAGGUGGGGGAUCCUGGGCACCAUGGUGCUUCUCCCCGGACCAGUGUGGUCCCCAGUCUCAGUCACCAAACUACAGAGCGCAGCUUGGAGAUGGAGACAGCUUUAAAUAACCGGGGAUUUGAAGAUUCUUAUGCCACUGACAGUUCCUCCGUGUGGAGUCCAGAGGAACAGGAUUGGGCCAAUUUUCAGGUGCCAUCUGGUGUCCUGAAGCCCAUCUCCAAAUGUGAUGACCUGAAUGUCAUCUUUGAAUACAGAGCUGCUAGUCAGAAGCUCACAGUAAUCACUGUGAGAGCACAGGGCCUCCCAGAUAAAGACUGAAGUGGUGUCAACUCCUGGCAAGUUCACAUAGUGCUGCUGCCCAGUAAGAAACAGAGGGGCAGGACAAGCAUAUAGAGAGGACCCUACCCCUUCUUCAAGGAGAAAGUCACCUUCACCAGGUUGGAGCCCAGAGAUGUGGCUGCCUGUGCCAUCUGCUUCCGCCUGUACACUGCCCGCAAGAUGACCCAUGAGAGAAUGAUGGGGGAGAAGCUGUUCUGCCUUAGCCACCUACCAGAAGGGGAAAUGAAAGUGACUCUGGUUCUGGAGCCAAGAAGUAAUGUCAAUAGUGGAGAGUCUCAGCUCAGCCCAUCUGCAGUCUCUCACAACCACAGUGCUUCACCCACACAGUCACUGGCUUAUGGAGGGGCGCCAGAGCUGUUGGUGGGCCUGUCAUACAGUGCCACAACGGGGCGAUUAUCUGUGGAAAUGAUCAAAGGCAGCCAUUUCUGAAACCUCACUGUUAACAGAGUGCCGGAUGCAUAUGGAAAGCUCUUUCUCCUCAAUUCUGUGGGUCAAGAAAUGUCCCGUGGCAAGAUGUCCAUUCGUAGGCAGCCCAAUCCUGUCUAUAAAGAGACCUUUGUGUUCCAGGUGGCCCUCUUUCAGCUCUCUGAUGUCGUGUUGAUGAUUUCUAUCUAUAACAGGCGUACUAUGAAGCGUAAAGACAUGAUUGGUUGGAUUGCUCUGGGCCAAACCAGUAGCGAGGAGGAGCGAGACCGCUGGGAGGAAAUGAAGGAGACCAAAGGCCAGCAGACCUGCAGAUGGCACACGUUGCUCGAAUCCUAGGUUCCCAACAGGCAUCUGUGGGCUGUAUAUCCACCCUGGCGACCCUGGUGACUGCUGACACCAACUCAGUGAAUGGCGGGAGGCUUUUUAAAGUUGACCAUCAGAGAAUCAGUCCCUGGGUGGUCCAGAGAUUCAAGAGAGAAACAAAAAUAUUUUCUCCUCCAAAGGAUUGAACUCUCAUUUUAGAAACGUUUGAAUACCUUCAGAAUAUUGCAUCUUUGCCACCAAGCAACUAUGUAAUCUUGAGAUUACCUUGACCUUUCCUUCAUGUCUUCCAACAUCUGUUGCUUGUCUUGAGGUGGUCCCAGAUGAAGAGGGGAUUUGACAAUUUUUGGUGAGUUAUAUUAACAACAGAAAAUAAGAUGUCCUGGCCUAUUCUGAUAAAGCAUUCAAGACGUGCUGACCAUAUUGGUCAAGUUAGACAGCUGCUCCUCUUUCCUCCAUAGAGACAAGCAUGUAGUGAUGGAAGCUGCUUCUCACCUGAGGUACAAGAGUGGUUUAAGGAGAGAUGAAACAGUUCAGCUCAGUGGAUUCACAUCUAUUUGGGAGGACACAGAGAGAAGAGAAUUAGGAAAAUAUAUAAAGGACUUUUAGGUUAUUUCCCAAUGACUUUAAAGUGACCUUUGUAAGAUACUGUGAUAAGGAAAAGAAGUUGCUGUAUCAGCACAAUGUCUCAUUAAGGGAAGAAAACAAUUUUCUGUGUAAUAGCUUUUUUCCCUCCACUCAACUAAAAGCAACUAGUAUCCAUGGCUUGUGUAAGUUCACUAGCUGACAGCUACAUAGAUGAAGUGAAUACAGGGAGCUGGAGCCAGGCAGGAUGGCUGCAUUCAUCCCUAUGUGCUCAUGAUAACCUGUGACGCUCCAGGCACUGUCUGCUAGAUGCUGGGGAGCAAGGUUAGCAAGGUGGGAGGAGCUUAAAAGCUGAGGUGGUGACUAUUGUGAAACGGGAUGAGUAGGAUGAUUUGGGAAUGUAAUUAGGAGGCUAAUCUAGUCAGUGGGAGGCGGUAAGGGAAAGCCACUAAGAAGAAGUGGUAUUUAAGCUGAGACUUGAAGGCUGAGUAGGAGUAAACCAGGUGAAAGGGAGGCAGGUUGAGGAGGAAGAUACAGCAUGUGCAAAAUACCUGAGACAAAUGAGAGCCCUUGCCAUUUGAGGAACCUAAGAAAACCUGGCAUGCCUGGACCUUACAGAGCAAAGGGGAGAUCCUCCUGAGAUGAUCUAGCCAUCAAGGCAAGGCUGACUGGUAACACCCCUUCGUUUCAUCCCCGACAGUGAAUAAGAAGUAGCAGUGGUGUAAAUCUGACUUGGCCAUCUCCUGGAUGUGAGGUCUACCAGUCCCAAAGCCCCCUUUCAUACCGUGCAGCUAAAAUUUGAUCAUCAGAUCUUCAACCUACUUUGACUUAUUAUUACUUCUUCCAGACAGAUUUUAAAUUAUUGGCUCUUUUUCUUUCAGCUUUAUUGAGGUAUAAUUGACAAAAGUUUAAGACAUUUCAAGUGUAAGUGUAGUCGUUGAUAUUUGUAUAUAUCGUGAAAGGAUUCCUAUAAUCAAGUUCAUUAUUAGGACGAUGCUAUCAGCUUUUUAAAUCUCCAGGCUAACAAACUGUUAAUUCUGUUCUGUUGUAGGUGUUAAGUCAGUACUGGGUCCCGGGGGAGCAGGAGCCCUGAGAUAUGUGGGGUCACUUUGUGUAGCCCCUCCAGGCUUGCAGAAUGCCUGCCCCUGCAGGAGUCAACGCGACACUGCACCACAGCCCUGCCCAGGCUCCAAAGGCAGCAACUGUUCUUUUUAAUUGAUUCCCAGUGGUGCUUUCUUCCUUCCAGGUUCUGGCCUGGCCCUACAGGGAGCCAGGGGAAUGGUGCAUAUCCUUCUUCAGUGAGGUUCCCUCUCUGAGGAUAGCUUUGGGCAAAAUUUUUCUGCUAGGUCUGUUAUCUUCCCCUUCUUUGGUCUGGCUCACUGGCUACCCAAAUUUGCCCACAUCCAUGAUCUCAUCCUCCUCCCGACCCAAGAAUAACAACCUCAUUGAAGAACAACGACAAAAAGUAAUGAUAAAAAUAAAAGCAUAACUUGAGUGAAAUAUCAGAGACUACACAAUCUUUUGAAUGAAUUUAUACUAAACAGUAAAUGACUGACAUAAGCAUACUUCUCUAAUCUCCUUUGUGAAAAGUACCUCUUCUUUUGUAUAUUUUUAUUUUAAAGAAGUUUCCAUAUUAGCCUGAGGUUUCAUUCGCCUGAAAACGAAGACUUUCUAACUCCGUAAAGGAACUAGUUUAGAUCGAAGGGUCAUUUUUCUCAGACCUUUGGCACCACACCAGUAGGCAGCCACGACAGUGCUAAAAUGAAGUAGGCUCUGGUCUGAUACCCGUGGAUUAGUUUUCCUUCUUCAAAAUCUAUCAAUUGCUCAAACUUGCAGACACACACACACA